AGAAAAUGGCCAUCGCCGUCCUAAUCAACGGCUAAGCAGGCAGCAUCACAAUAACUCCCAUCACCAACCGUCCAUUUCCAUUUCCCAAAUUUCCCACUGCCCCAUUAAUUACUCUUGCCACAGUUGGCCAAAUUCCAUCGCAAUAAACAGUGAUGAAUCCGAUAAAAUACAAACCAAAACAUGGCGUGAUGAUUCUAGUGUUUCAGUAGUAGUGAUGAAAAUGAGGAAACACAAAAGUGCGUGGGUGUUGCACAAUUACUAAUUCGCUGCCCCAUUUCAUUCCUUGCUCUCUUUGAUUUUAGGGUUGCAUGGUUUAGCGGGAUUUAGUUGGCAUUCGUACUAGCAGAUUCUUUUGCUGUGGAUCUUAGAUGGAUGAUAGUGGGCACCACGAAAAUGGAAGGCAUAAAGCACCUCAGCAGGGUCAGUGGUUGAUGCAGCAUCAGCCAUCAAUGAAGCAGAUAAUGGCCAUUAUGACUGAAAGAGAUGCUGCAAUCCAAGAAAAAAAUCUUGCGAUUUCUGAAAAAAAGGCGGCCAUAGCAGAGAGGGACAUGGCUAUUAUGCAGCGGGAUGCAGCGAUAGCUGAACGAAAUAAUGCCAUAAUGGAACGAGACAGCGCUAUUGCUACUCUUCAGUAUCGAGAAAAUGCCAUCAAUAACAACGGUAACAUAUCCCCUUGUCCACCCGGAUGUCAAAUUCCCCGCGGAGUGAAACAUAUGCAUCAUCCUCAGCAUCAGCACGUUCAUCACCAACCUCACAUGGUUGAAGCCCCGUACACGAGCAGGGAAAUUCAGAUACCCGAUGCGGUUCCAGUUUCGCCAGAGCCUGCAAAGCCCAGUCGUACAAAACGUGCUAAGGAGGCGAAACAAGCUGCACCUGCAAGGAAGGCUCCAAGGCCAACGAAAAAAAUUAAACAGGAAGAGGAUGAUCUCACUAAAUUUGAGUGGAAGGAUCAAGAUCUUGGUUUGAACCAGGUUGCCUUUGAUGAGUCGACCAUGCCCGUGCCAGUCUGUUCAUGCACUGGGGUCCUAAGGCCGUGCUACAAAUGGGGCAACGGUGGCUGGCAGUCACCGUGCUGCACAACCAAUUUGUCGAUGUAUCCACUCCCAGCUGUGCCUAACAAGCGACACGCCCGUGUUGGUGGCAGGAAGAUGAGUGGAAGUGCGUUCAACAAGCUACUUGGUCGACUUGCUGCUGAGGGGAUUGAUCUUUCCAACCCGGUUGAUCUCAAAGAACACUGGGCAAAGCACGGGACAAACCGCUACAUUACCAUCAAGUAAGUAUUCUCAACAAGGAUUAAAAGGGAUCUCUCAAAAUGCUGCACAUCACUACCAUCAAUGCUGGAGAGGUGUAUUUAAUAACUGGCUUAGGUAAAUAGGAAGGUGUGCUACAGUUGGUGAAAGAAUGAUGAUGCUUAACGUGCUCGCCCAGUUCUCGUUGUGUAAUAAUAUGUAUGAGAAUGUUGAUGAGAGAUGGUAGAAGGGAUGUAAUUGUAAAGCAAGGAUUUAUGAAAAUGAUGUCUUAUUGUAUCAAAUCUAAGAGCAUUUCAUGAUGAUUAUGUUUGUAUGGAAGAGUAAAUACCAUAGUUUUUUUAUGGAAGAGUAAAUACCGUUGGUAUUUUAUGGAA